CAUUUGUCUCCAAACCUCUUUCUCAACCUGCCCUCUCCCAUAUUGGUCUCAUGUUGCGGUACACUAUGUUGCGGUCAGCCUUUGUCAGAUCAACACGCCUCCCUCCGCUCCAGUCGGCGGUCUGUAUUCGGGCACAGAGCACCUACGCCAAAGCACAGCUGAAAUGCGACGACUCGCAGCAAGCUGGUGAAGCUACGUCAUCCGUCUCGCCGACUGCUUCGUCAAGAUGGUUCUCCGAGCUCCAGGCGCGGAUCCUGCGUCUGAGGGACGCUCCCAAGUCUCCUCGAUGCGUCGAAGAGGCCGACCGGCUGCUCCAGCAGACGAACGCGAACUGGAUGGGCUUCCUGGCCGGCAGUCAAGGUUUCCUUACCGAGCCCAGGUGGAGAGGCCUGGAUAACCACCAGGUGUUCUGGGGAGACAUGGACAGCAUGGUAAGUCAUGCAGCUCACACCGGUCAAUCGGGUAUGCCCGAAGAGGAGAUGUCCAGACUAAUGUGUAAACAACCAGGACACAUCAACAACGUCAUGUACAACCGCUACGUCGAGUCGGCCCGAGUCCAAUUCAUCCGUCACCACGGGCUCGAUGCCACGGCCGAGGAAAGGAAGCAGUGGGAGGAUCUCGUGACCCCUCGCAGCCUCGGCCUCAUCCUGAAGAUGAUGACAACCGAGUUCAAGUUCCCGAUGAAAUAUCCCGACAGGGUUUACGUCUUGUACAGGCUGACCGAGCCGCCAACGCCCGACUCGACAAGUCUUCGCAUGGAGUCCUGGAUUCUAUCGGACCAGCACCGUCGGAUCGCCGCCAAGGUCAUCGACGAGACGGCCAUCUACGACUACACGGUCGGUAAGGUUUCCGUGCUGAAACCCUUCAUGGUUGAAAAGCUCAAGCGCACAUUCACCAUGCAGGAGGAAGCCAGGAGGAAGUACGCCGAGGAGGCACGAAAGGCCAUUGAGGCCGUUGAGGAGCUGGAAUCACAGCAUGGAUGACCGGGGGUCGCCUUUGACGCCGACGUGAACAUUUACUAGCCCAUCCAGCAAGGGAUAUAGAACAACAUCAUACAUAUGACCGUAGAGAAACUUAGAACUGGGAGGGCUUGAAUGCAGUACCUCUCGAUCCCAUUGCGUUUUUCUUUCUAUGUAAUCUUGCGCGCAGCCUUUCCACUGGAGUCUCAU